ACCGCCGCCGCCGCCGCCAAUUGCGCAAACACUGAUCUGACAGUAUUUUCGUCCAGAUCUUUGCGAUCUUUCUCCAGCUCUGCGACAGCGCAGCGAGCCUACCACCGCCAUGGCGGACUUCAGCUACUCCGACGAUCUGGAGUUGCAAAGGCUGAACGACCAAGUGAACGCACAACCCGAAGAAUUCGAGAACUGGGAGAAACUCGUGCGCGCCGCCGAGUCACAAGAAGGAGGCCUGAACCGAAAUUCCUCCCCACAAGCCAUCGCAGCGACUCGAGAUACCUACGACCGAUUCCUCGCACGAUUCCCUCUCUUCUUUGGUUACUGGAAGAAAUAUGCAGACCUCGAGUUCUCGAUCGCCGGACCGGAGGCUGCGGAGAUGGUUUACGAACGCGGCGUCGCUAGCAUAGGCGUCUCUGUCGACAUUUGGGCCAACUACUGCGCUUUCAAGGUCGAGACCAGCCAUGACGCAGACGUGACCAGAGAACUAUUUGAACGCGCUGCAGACAGUGUUGGACUCGACUUUCUUGCUCAUCCAUUUUGGGACAAGUAUCUGGAGUUUGAGGAGCGUCUGGAGUCACACGACAGGAUCUUCGCGAUCCUUGGACGAAUCAUUCACAUCCCACUGCAUCAAUAUGCGCGCUACUUUGAGCGAUACCGCACCAUGUCGGAGCGUCGGCCCAUCACAGAUGUUGCACCAGCCGAGGUCAUUACUCGCAUCAACGAAGAGAUGGCCAGUGAGACGGAGCAGCGACCGAGGAAUCCCACCGAGACUGAGCGCGAACUCCGUGCCCGCGUCGACGCCUAUCUUCUGGACAUUUUCCACCGCACACAACACGAAACUUCAACUCGCUGGACAUUCGAGCAAGAAAUCAAGCGUCCAUACUACCACGUUACUGAACUCGACGAUGCGCAACUCGCCAACUGGAGGAAGUAUCUCGACUUUGAAGAAGCGGAGCCGAACAACUACACUCGCACCCGCUUCCUCUACGAGCGAUGUCUCGUGACUGCCGCCAACUACGAUGAUUUCUGGUUCCGCUACGCCCGCUGGACGAGAGGUCAGGCACAUCUGAAUGAACAAGUCCGCAAUGAAGAAGUCCGCAACAUCUACCAGCGCGCCAGCUGCGUCUUCGUCUUCACAGACUCACCAGAGAUCCGCCUUCAGUACGCGCGCUUCGAGGAGUCCCUCGGAAAAGCCGACGUCGCUGUCGCGAUCCACGAAGCUGUUCUCAUGAUCCUUCCCGCACAUCUCGAGACCAUCCUUUCACUCGUCAAUACUCACCGCAGACAGUACGGCGUCGACGUCGCGAUCGAAGUACUGAAUCAACAUGCCAUGAGCCAAGGCUACACCCCUUACGUCCGCGGCGCCCUCGUCGCAGAGCUUGCCCGACUCACGUGGAAAGCGAAAGGCGACGUCUCAGCAGCGAGGAAGAUCUUCGAAGAGAACGCACAAUACUUCCCGGACUGCCGAAAAUUCUGGUUCGAGUACCUUCUCUUCGAGCGCGAUCUACCCGUGCAAGUGGCGGAAGGAAAAAGCAAGGGCAAGAGCGCGGAGGAGGAGAGAUACACCCGACUCAAGAAAGUCUACGACGCGAUCCGCUCGACUGCGAGGUUAGACGAGGAUACGAUGCAGGAGUUGAGUGGCGUGUAUUUGGAGGACUUGGAGUUGAGAGGCGGAGAGAAGGCGAUGCAGGAGUGGGUGAGGUUGGACGGAGAGAUUUGGGGUCCGGUGAGCGUGCAGGGAGAGAGGAGCGUGGGGCAGGGGACUGAUGUGUCGAGUAAGGCGGUUUAG